CCAGUUUCAGAUGUUAUGAAGAGAGAGUCAGCUGAUAUUACUAUUGCAGAAAUGAGCCACACAGACAUCUGUGAAGAUAACAGGAUCUGCUUGGACGAUUAUAUGGAGCCAAAGAUAGACAUCAGACAAGAUGGCAAAGACGAGAGGAAACGAAGCAGUCGGACUUCAUCUUUACCCAGCCUAUGGAAUGGCAGAAAGGACUGGGGUAAAACUAGGCACCUGCAUCCAUUGCUUGCCUUGAGUUCCUCCUCAAUCCCAGCUCUCCCUGCUGCUCCUGUUAACCAGCUCAGUAAGUCUGCACCGAUCCUGAUGAACCCUCUUCUCCACGCAAAUGGGCUGCUGCAGGCACGGGCUAACAUUCAGAACAGGCUAAGAGGUGUUGAAACUGGGGAAGAUGAAAAGCAAAAGAUACCGCAAACUCCAUGUUCUAGGACACCUAACCAUAUUGCUCCACUGGACAGCAGAUAUACGGACAACUCUGCUCUGUCAAGUUUUGAGCACCCACUGCUCUUUAAACAAACUAGCAUUUUGCCUGUUUUAUCACAGUCCAGGCGAAGACUAGAAAAAAUCUCCAGGCAGUCUUCCAGAAGAUCCAGAGCAGGCAGUGAAGAAAGCAACUCCUGCAGCAGUAGCAGCCAAGAAGAGGAUGAGGCUGUGCCUCAAAUUACACAGAGGCGGCAUGUAAGCUUGGGGAAGUCAAUGAGUUUUAAAUUAGGAAACUGUUUGGAUUUUCAGGAUUUAGUCAGUUCUGUAAUUAACAUUAGCAUUUCAGACAAAAUGAAAGGCUGUAUUAAACCACCCAUUGCUACAGAGUUUGAAGAUAAAAUGAAAUGCAAGCCUUCCAAAGCACCUGAAAAAGACCUUCAGGAAAAGUCUCCACCUAUGGACUGUUGCCAUGUGUCUGAAGCACCCAGAAACAUAGUCAGAGAAUUACAACCUACAGCAAAAAGAUGCCAUUUUCUUGCAGGUGAGAAAAAUAUAGCUAAUCUUGAUAUGGACACGGAAGAAAAAUACACUCAUGAAAAGAACAAACCAGUUAAGAUGAUAAAGAGAAGUGAAAGAAAAGGCAAAACAUCGAUUCAGACAAAUCAGUCAUUCAAUGUGCUUGCACACAGAAAUCAAAGUACUGGGAAAAUCUCAUCCAAUAGAAUAAAUUCACCAACUCAGUCAAAAGUGCAACUUAGAGGAAAUAAACCGACAAGCCUUGCUAUAGGAGAAACUACAAACAAAUAUGUAACUUGUAAAAAAAAUGCAGAUGAAGGCCCCACACCAAGAAGAGUCUCUGAACCUUUUCAGCAUGUGGUGUCAAAUGAUCAAAAACAACUUCACAGAGAUCUUAAAAGUGCAAGAGCCCCCAAAAAGCCAGUAACAGGACCAGCACAGCGAGCAAGAUCUGCUGUGGAUUAUGCCACUUACAAUGAUAUGUUUCUGAAGAUAGGUCAGGGAGAUGAAGGUCCAGCAAUCUACGAAAUGUUUGCAACUCCACUCUAUGAAAAUCUUAGAGCAGACAGCUCUGCAGAGAGAAAAAGACAGAUCCAUACACCACUUCAAGUUAAAAGACAGAUCAGUGGGAAACUGAAAGGCCAAAAAACGGUGGAUGUAAACAGAAGAAAAAAAACAUCAGAGAGAUCCAGUCGAGUUAAAUGCAGGCAACUCAAACACAGAGACAAUCUUAACAAAGCGACUAAGAAACACCUACCUCCUUCAGAGUGUAAAUGCCAUGUCCUCGUAACCUCUGCUUCUGAAACUAGCCAGCGGAAGAAAUUUGAAAGGCCUGAGGGCGAAGGAAAGGACAUUUCAAGUGUAGAAAGGCAAUGUACUUCCAUACUGUCAGUGAUUGAAGAAGUACUUUCCAACACGGCAUCCAAAGCAAAUCUCAUAAAGAACAUAAUACAUCAAGAACAGACUCCACUGAAGGCAAAUGCCAACAGGGAGCCAGAAGUAUUGUGUGUGACCAGAUUACCAGCACAGCCAUUGAUUAAUACCUGGACAAGUGAUGGAACGGCAUCACCUGUGUACCAAAGGUUUCUAGAGGGAGUCGGUGAUGGACCUCUCACUGAUGAUUUGCUGCGAUCUUUGGCAGAGGAACUGCUCUUACUUGAGAGAAGAGAUAUUGAAACUCUGAAAACCGAAAACGAAGAUGGCACCGAGUUUAAUCGUGACUUGCAUUCAAAAUUCAAGAUUCUUCAGAAUGAGGGUGUUUCAUCAGGCAAACUACAUUACACUUUUGGAUCUUGCUCAGGUGAUGCCAUCACAUGGACAAAAGGAGAAGUUUUGGGUAAAGGAGCAUAUGGAACAGUGUAUUGUGGGUUAACCAGCCAAGGUCAGCUGAUUGCAGUAAAACAGGUGGCACUGGAUGCUUCAACUUCAGAGAUAGCAGAAAAAGAGUAUGAUCGCCUGGAGAGAGAGGUUGAUCUCCUGAAGAACCUUAAACACACCAACAUUGUUGGCUUUUUGGGCACAGCUUUAUCUGAAAAUAUUGUAAGCAUCUUUAUGGAGUAUAUUCCAGGUGGCUCCAUCUCAAAUAUCUUAGGCCAGUUUGGUCCCUUGCCAGAGAAGGUGUUUGUUCUGUACAGCCAACAGAUUCUGGAGGGUGUUGCCUACCUUCACGCCAACAGGGUAAUUCAUAGAGACCUGAAGGGGAACAACAUUAUGCUUAUGCCCACUGGAGUGGUCAAGCUAAUUGACUUUGGUUGUGCUCGACGUCUUAGCUGUCUUCAAACCUCAACUGGAAGUAAGGGCGAUCUUUUAAAAUCUGUUCAUGGUACCCCGUACUGGAUGGCACCAGAGGUGAUAAAUGAGACUGGUCAUGGACGAAAAUCUGACAUCUGGAGCAUUGGCUGCACUGUCUUUGAAAUGGCCACAGGAAAGCCACCACUCGCACACAUGAAUAAAAUGGCAGCUCUUUAUUACAUUGGGGCUCGAAGGGGGUUGAUGCCUUCUCUGUCUGAUGACUUCUCGACAGAUGCAAAGGACUUUGUCCAGGCUUGCUUAACCAGAGAUCAAAGACAGCGACCUUCAGCAGAGGAACUGUUAAGACAUCCAUUCAUUUCUCAUCACAGCAAAGCCUGCUAUAGGCCAAUAAACUAAACUCUUAAUUUAACAAUUAAAAAGUCAAGCAAAGUCACAUUGUGACGCAACAUAUAUUACCAUGGACAAGUUUAUAAUUUAUAAAAACACAACAAGUUCUGUAAAUAGUAAUUUGAUAAAUGUGCCAAUAGGUUUCUUAACACAAUAAAUGAUCACAUACACAAAGACUGAGGUUAAGGUAGUGGAAACCAUUGAAUUUAUUUUUAAAUCUAAAUAAAAUUUGGAAAAUACCAAAAAACAAAAAAAAAGAAAAAUGCCAGAGUUCGCACUUGCCUUAAUUCAAAUGCAGUUUAGUGAUCCAAAGUAAAAACGAUGGUUUGUACAAUGCUGGCCUCAUUUACCUAUAGCUUCACACUGAAUAGAAUCAAAACCAAAAGAUCAAAACCAUUCAUCCUCUUUCAGAAAUAAUGUUGAGGGCCUGUAAAAGCCCAGAUUUCUUUGGGUCAGCACUGUGAUAAUGGAACUCCCCUUUUACCCACCUAUGUUUCUGGUCAUUUGACAUUGACUUACAGAGUUGCACAAAUAGGCUACUGCUUCAAGCCAAGAAAUAUAUAAAAUGCACUUCACAGCGAAGGUUGUGUAAACUUCAAAGAACUAGAAUUUUUGAGGCACAGCCUUUGGCAUCCAGCUUAAGGUCAUCUUGAAGGUCAAAAAAAGGUACAAAUUGCAUGGCCACUGACAACAUGCCAGGUAAUUGGAUUACCACAGGGUGCGGAUUGCCGGCUAGUUCACCCCCUCCUGGUAGCAACGUGGAACGCCAGUUCUAGAGCACAUCACUGGAAGGCUGUGCUAGAAAUGCCAACAACAGAUUCUAACACUGAGUCACAAAAUCCCCCCAACCCCCAUAUAUUUAAAUCCAUAUAUAUAUAUUUAUCUAUCUAUAUAUAUGUUUUGUUUUUUACAAGCAGCUCCAAACCUGAGAAGUUAUGGUACAGCUUUUAUCAUACGAGAAUGUAUGUACAUUUUUAUCCACUCUCUGUAAACAAUUCUCGUCCCUUUCAUUAUAAACAUGCAGCUCAAAUAAAAGGUAUAAGAUGAAGGGAAAGAAAACAAAGGAACAUUCAAUAAACUAUGGAACUUAA